AUCUCCUCCUAACUUCCAUGACGAAAUCCGAUGGUGGAAAAAACAAGCAUCCACAAGCAUCUUUUGGGUCAGCUUUACCCUUGAUAUGGCUCCAGCUAGGCUCUCGACUUUUUUCUUUUCUUCUGAACCAAGCUCUGCUUCGUAUGGCCACCCCCAGCGCGUUCGGCACGGCUGCAAUUCAAUUCGAGCUCUUAUUGAAUACCAUCUUAUUUCUCAGUCGGGAGGGCGUUCGGAUCGCGUUAUUACGCGUCAAAAAGUCGGGGCCUAGCAUAACUAAUGUAUCUUUUGUCCCCUUCUUGUUGGGGUGCCCGGUAGCUCUCGCAACGUGUUACCUCUACACCAGAUUCGCUGGGGAAGAGACGAGUUCCCAACCAUAUUUCCACUCAGCUGUAAUCUUCUAUGUUAUCGCUGCUUUGCUGGAACUGCUUAAAGAACCGAUGCACAAUGCAACGAUGGCGGAUCUGAACACUGGAAUCAGAUUGCGUGCUGAGGGUAUCGCUAUCGUCGGCAAAUCUGCCACUACUUUUUUUGUACUCCUUCUCGACCCUCAUAGGGACGAUAGCCGUCAACACAGGGCUCUUCUCGCUUUCGCUUUAGGACAGACUUUUUACUCCCUCUGUGUUUGGGCUAUCUAUGCUGCCCACUAUGGACGCCAAUAUUUGUAUCCGAAACGUCCUCCCAAAAAUGAUAACUUCUUCGACCCUACAAUUCUCAAACUCUCCGUGACCAUGACGUCGCAGUCGGUAGUAAAGCAUUUCCUUACAGAAGGUGACAAAUUGAUCUUGUCAUGGUUCAGUCCCCUGCAGGAUCAGGGAGGAUAUGCAAUCGCCCUGAAUUAUGGUUCUCUCAUUGCCCGCAUACUGUUACAGCCUCUUGAAGAGACAUCCCGCUCUCUCUUCUCUCAACUUUUGGCUGACAAGGACGAUAAAGGCAGCUUAGCUAUGGCUUCCAGUGGACUCAUCUCAUUUCUCUCCGUCCAAAUACCUAUUUCCCUCAUCCUACCAGUAUUCGGACCUCCAUUUGUACCCCUAGGCGUGCAAUUCCUACUACCACGACAGUAUCUGCAAACGAGUGCGCCAGAAAUACUAUCCACGUGGCUCUGGUACAUCCCCAUACUGGCUUUGAAUGGACAACUCGAGGCCUUCUUUGCCAGCGCAGCUGACUCGAGAGACCUGAACAAGCAGAGCACGUGGAUGGGAAUAUUUUCCAUCAUAUACACAUCGCUUGCUGUCGCUUUGUACCGCCUGGGAGUCGGUGAUGCGUCCCUGGUGUAUGCAAACAUGAUCAACCUCGCGGCACGGAUUAUCUACGCCAUGAUUUUCAUUUCGGCCUUCUUCAAACGUCGCGGCUCGCCAGAGCUUCUCCGAUGGACAGCGCUCAUCCCAAAGGCACUUUUCUGCAGCGCCCUUGGAGGAUCAUUUUGCUUGCUCCGGCUGCUUUACAGUCAGCUAAGGAUAGAGAGGAUCAUCGAAGAGAAUGGAAGGGCUUCACUAUUGAAUCGAAACGUCAUCGUGUUUAUUCUUACAGGUGGCUUCUUCGGGCUUUUGUGCCUUGGGAUACUGUGGAGAUCGACAAGUGAGGCUCGAAAGCAGCUCAGGUCUAGGCGAAAGGCAGAUUAGAAACUCAUGGCAUCGUAUCUACUCAUACUACAAUACAUACAGAAAUUGUCUAUAUAGUAGAACAAGUAGUUUGCAAUAUAGCAAAUGAGAAGAAGUACUCGGCCUCGACGUUUACAAGG